GACCACAACCUGUAAUUGUCUGUCUGCGAAGUCUGAAACGGAGCAUGUUUCAUACAUAAACUAAAUGUGCUUGAAGGAGAACAUUUGAUUACAUACUGGAGUUGAUUAAAGUAGAUUUUUUUGUUUAAUUCAAAUAAUGUUGUGUGCGCAGAACGCCUGAUUUCUUUGUGCGAUAAAAAGGUAGAAUUAUUAAUAAAACCUAUACUUUGCUUGUUUAUCAUUCAAGCAGAUAGGAAGACAACACUCCUGGCCAGCGUAUACAAAGGACGCUGUCAUUGGAUUUGUUAUAUUAUCCAGACAGGAGUGCCAUCCCUACUCCCGGUACUUCAGACUUAGUCUUGCUGACUGUCAAGGCUGUCCACCGGCACCGCACUGCCACCGACUCGACCGGACCUGAACAUUGGCUUGAUUGUGUGCUCAGAACUCAACGAUGGGGAAGGACGCCGCAAGAGCAGAGUGGGACAAUCCCAUGCAAUUUGUCCUGGCGUGUGUAUCAUACGCGGUUGGACUGGGAAAUGUGUGGCGAUUUCCAUACUUGUGUCAAAUGCAUGGCGGGGGUGGGUUUCUGAUCCCAUACUUGCUUAUGCUGGUCCUGUUGGGGGUACCCCUGUUCUACAUGGAGUUAGCCAUUGGCCAGAAGAUGCGUCUGGGCAGCAUUGGAGCAUGGAGAGCUAUUAACCCCUAUCUGGGGGGAGUGGGUCUGGCCAGUGUUGUGACCUCCAUGUACCUAUGUCUCUAUUACAAUGUCAUCAAUGCAUGGAGUUUCUGGUACCUCUUUCAUUCAUUCCAGUCGAUCCUGCCAUGGGCAGAGUGCCCGGUUAACAGCAACCUGACUGGCCAUGUGGAGGAGUGUGAGCGGGCCACGCCCACCCAGUACUUCUUCUACAGAGAGACCCUGGACAUCUCCGGGUCCAUUGAGGAGAACGGAGGGAUUCACAUGGGACAGGCACUCUGCCUCCUGCUGGCCUGGAUGAUUGUCUACCUGUUUAUCGUCAAGGGGGUCAAGUCCACCGGGAAGGUGGUGUACUUCACAGCCACAUUCCCCUACCUGGUCCUCAUCAUCUACCUCAUCCGUGGGGUCACCCUUCACGGAUCCAUCAACGGUGUAAAGUACAUGUUCACGCCCAAGAUGGAACAGCUGGCUAACCCCACUACAUGGAUCAAUGCGGCCACUCAGAUCUUCUUCUCUCUGGGCCUGGGCUUUGGAUCCCUCAUCGCCUUUGCCAGCUACAACCAGUACAACAACAACUUUGAGAAGCAGGCCAUCGUCGUGUCCAUGGUCAACAGUAGCACCUCCAUCUUCGCCAGUAUCGUCACCUUCUCCAUCUAUGGCUUUAAGGCCACCUUCAACUACGAGAGCUGCCUGGAGAGGGUGCGACUGCUGCUCCUGAACACCUUUGAUCUAGCAGAGGACACCAUCAGUCUGGAGAAUGUCAUCCACUGGAUCGCUGAGCUGAACAGGACACACCCAGAACAGUUUACCAGUCUGGGAGGUAGGCUGGAGACCUGUGACCUAGAGGCUGAACUAGACACGGCUGUUGAGGGUACAGGCCUGGCCUUCAUAGUGUACAGUGAGGCCAUUAAGAACAUGCCCGUGUCUCAGCUGUGGUCUGUGCUCUACUUCAUCAUGCUGCUGCUGCUGGGCAUGGGCAGUAUGCUGGGCAACGUCAUCGCCGUCAUCACCCCCCUCAGUGACUUGAAGUUCAUCAGCCGCUACAUGAGCACCAAAACACUCAAUGGUCUGGUGUGUCUAUUCUGCCUGCUGCUUGGCCUGGGCUUCACCACCCGUUCUGGGAACUACUGGUUCACCAUGUUCAACGACUAUGGAGCCACCUUCUCUCUGCUCUUCAUCGUCCUCAUUGAAGUUAUCACCGUCUGCUACAUAUAUGGCAUCAAAAGGUUUGAGAAGGAUGUAGAAGACAUGUUAGGUCAUCGUCUUAACUGCUACUGGAAGAUCAUGUUGGCAGGAGUCAGUCCCAUCCUCCUCAUUGCCCUAUUCAUCUUCUACAUCGUCAACUACAUCCAGGGAGGAACGCCCACAUACCAGGCCUGGAACAAAGAACUGGGGAAGUCUGUGGUGACGGAGUAUCCUCCCUACGCCCAAGCCUUCAUCGGCCUCCUCCUAGCCUCCUCUGUCUGCUGUAUCCCUUUGACGGCCCUCUACACCUACUGUAAGAAGAGGAACCUGGCCAGUGGGAAGAGAGAGCGCACUGUCAGCACUGUGUCAGCGUAAAGACCGACGUAUUGGUUGACAGACAGUGACACAAGGCAGAGCUGCUACAUUACGGCUCUGAGACUGACUGGACCCUCUAGUUAUAGGAUCGACUGAUCGACAACCUACCGUCCGUAUCAUGGCUGUCUUAACAGAAUAGUACCGCACUCUACUGGUGCAGUGGUUCAUGCCACACCACAAACCAAAGGCCCUCUUUCUCCCCCCGGGGCAGGCUGGCUCUGCCGCUGUGCUGCUGGUGGACAGACCGCCAGAUCUGUACCUACUAGCAUUAGCCCUAGUCGUCCUUUGGCAUCUAACACUUACUGGGUGAUAAUAGUGAACUUUUGUAUUUUAUAGCUGUGGUUCUGAGCAGGGCAUAGAACUACAUCCAAAAUAUUUCAGAAGUGAAAAACGAGCAAAUAAUCUUGUGAAUGGUUUAUUGCAUUGUUUAAAGGCCCAGUGCAGUAAAAAAACAAAAAGAUUUCCUGUGUUUUGUACAUAUUUCCAGGCUAUGAGGUUGGAAUAAUAAAGUGAAAUUGGGAACAUUAUUAUAAUCCCCUUUUAGUGUAAGAGCUGUUUGGUGGGAUGGAGCAUGGUCAAUUAGUUAAUAGACCAAUAAGAAAGAGAUCCAAACCUCUGCAUAUAACAGCUAGUUUUCCAUUUUCCCUUCCCCACUCAGACCUCUACAAGAGUCCUAGCAACAUUUUUGCUUGAGAAAAAGCUCUUUGCUAAGAAGCUAUUUUGGUUUCUUUUUGACCAUUUUAAAUGAAAACAAUCACAGUAAGGUACUUAAUUGUAACCCAUCAAUUCUAUGAUAUUGAGAUAAAAAUGGCUGCAUUGGACCUUUAAUGUUUAGCUUUCAGUAGCAGAUUCUUUGAGACACAGUGUGUCAACCCUCUUUAUUUAAAGCGCCACAAAAUGUUUAAGAUAUUUUUUCCCUUAAAUGUCAUUAUGGUGAAGUAUUUUGUAUCCCAUUGGUUUACUGUAGAUAUUCUGUAGAUUACUCAAUGAGUUGUGAGAUAUGUUGAGUGCCUGGAUGUACAAGGUAGACCUUCGUCUGACUCGGUUAUGACUGAAUACAGUCUGACUGGUGUCAAAUGACCAAGAACAACUUGUAGCAAUAGCUGCAUGUGAUUUAGUGUUUGCAAACAUACUGAUGAUUUCACAUAUAAUGAACAAAUCUCUAUGACCAGGACCAAGACCAUAUCUAUACCUAUGGGCUUUGCUGAAUGUUCAGAUAGAUAUAUAUUAUGUAGAACAGACACUAUUCUCUGUCAUAUAGAAUAGGAAAUCAUGUUAGCUCUAUAGGAAGCAUUUCUUUCUGCAACAUUCCAGAGCGUUUCACCUCCUGAACGUGUGAAAGAUUGUUUGCUCUUCUAAUUAGAAAGUAUUGUAGUGUUGCACUGCUGUCAUAGAAUCCACAUCAACUGGACUUAGGAUACAGCCCAAUGGUUAUGUACCAAUGUGCUGUGCAUAUUCACGAGCAAAAAAUACAAUGUAGACCUACUCUUUUUACAGGAAAAUGUAUGGGUUUGCACAGAAACAAUUGCCAAACAUGUUGUAAUGCUGUGAGCAUUUUUCAUGUUAACAAUUUGAAACCAUCCAUUUAUAAUAACAGGGGCGCAACUUUGACUGGGGAUGGGGGGACAGGUCCCCCCUACAUUCUGAAAUUGCAUUUUUGUCCCCCACUGAUGUUAUCAUUGGAAUGGGAUUUUAAAAAUGAGGCAAUGGUGUGCUUUAGGACCAUGCAGAAGCCUCAGGUAGGUAGGUAGGCUGUUUGGAGUGUUUAUCCGACUGGAUUAAAAAAACAUGUGUGUGUCCCCACUUCUAAAAUCAAAGUUGUUCCACUGUACAGUGAUGGAAACACUGUGUAAAUAUAUGUGUACAAUGUUUAAUACAGGUUGGUGUUAGUGUGAACCAAGUAUUGGUGUGAACAAUUAUUAUUUUAACUGCUGUACCACAAUGAUGUGUUCAUGUUUUAUAAGUAGUAUUUUCUAUGGUGAAAUGAUUAAAGACAUGAAGACAUUUGAACCAUUGGUAUUAGUGAACAAGAUACACUUACCGCAGCCAGCCUGUUGCAAACCAGGCAUGUCAUUCAGUCCAACUUGCCAGCCUGUUGCAAACCAGGCAUGUCAUUCAGUCCAACUUGCUAGUAGCCAGCAAGGAUGACACAUUUCAAUGUUAUGAAAUCUGGAUUUUAUUAAAGUGUUUGGUUUGA